AUGAUUAGAUUGAAUGGUCCUAUCGCUAAAUCAGAGGUGGUUGUUGUUGCAUGGACAUCAGCUGCUACUAACACGAUCGAUGGGCAUAGUUCAAUGAGGAAGCCUUGCUAUGACAUGAAAGACACAAACAAGGGAGCAUGGUCCCAACAAGAAGACCAGAAGCUCAUGGAUUACAUACAGAAACACGGUGAAGGCUGCUGGCCCUCGCUUCCUCAGGCUGCUGGUGUGUUUUGCCCUCUAUGGUUGCUUCGUAGUGGAAAAAGUUGUCGGAUGAGAUGGAUAAAUUAUCUGAGGCCAGACCUGAAAAGAGGUGAUUUUGGAGAAGAUGAAGAGGAUUUAAUUAUCAGGCUUCAUACACUCCUUGGCAACCGGUGGUCCUUGAUAGCUGGAAGAUUACCCGGACGGACAGACAAUGAGGUGAAGAACUAUUGGAAUUCUCAUAUAAGGAAGAAGCUCACUAAAUCGAGUGCCAGAAUAUCAGCUGUUAGGGCAAAGAACCAGGCUCAUAAUCCGGAGACCUCCCAUGAUGUUAAUAAUCAGGUCUGUCACUUCAAUGGUGGUCAGCCUGAGCCCAGCAACAAGAGUUCGUCCGACGUUAAUCUUGAUCUGACUCUAAGCAUUCCUUCGAAACACUUUGACUCAAGCAACGAAAAUUAA